UCACCUUACGCAAGUCACCGGGACCCAUUCCACAAAGUUUCACUCUCUAUCUAUAUAAGAAAAAGUAUAAAAAUCCUACCAAGCCACUUCAUCUUCCGUAUUUUUCCCCAUUCACUGUCUACUCAGCAGGAGAAAGUUUCCAGCUUCCCUCCAAAGAACGGAAUAGAAGCAGAUAAAUAACAGAUUAUCGUGAUCUUUCGGCCAUGAAUUCUAGAAGAGAUGUCCGUACCAGUAGAACUGCUCUAUUUGAUGGCAUUGAGGAGGGUGGCAUCCGGGCCUCAUCUUCUUACUCCCAUGAAAUUGAUGAGCAAGAUAAUGAAAGAGCUAUGGAAGGUUUGCAAGAUCGAGUCAUUCUUCUGAAGAGAUUGUCAGGUGAUAUUCAUGAGGAGGUGGAGGGUCAUAAUCGAAUGCUAGACAGAAUGGGCAAUGACAUGGAUUCAUCCAGGGGAGUCCUAUCAGGAACUAUGGAUCGAUUUAAAAUGGUGUUUGAGACCAAAUCAAGCAGGAGAAUGUUUACACUCGUGGCAUCGUUUCUUGUCAUAUUCCUUAUUGUAUAUUAUCUCACUAGGUGAUAAAAUUUAAGAUGGUGAUACAGGUACUAGUCCUAAGUUUGAACUGUACUCGAUUUUAUGUGGUUGCUAUAAUCAAUGGUUAUUCCUGCUCGUGAGAUGUGCAGGGGUUUAUGUAAAGAUGUUGCAAUACAUCAAACGCUUGUUGACUGUAUGGAAUAGGUGCAUGUUCAAUCUCA